AUAACUUGGAGAUUAGGUUAAUGGACAUAUCAUUUAGUGAUACACAUUCCAUCUCUUAAUCAGAUACACAAAAAUAACAUCUGAAAAGAGUUUAAAUUUAUGAAUAAAGGUUUCUCGAUCGUGGAUGCGCACUGUUGAGGAGUCCCAUACUAGGACGAAACGGCUGUCCAGUGCUUUCAGAGUUUGGAUGGUGAUCUAGCUUAGAUCAACUCCCUGUUUUGCGUUGAUAUGGGGAUCCAAUAUAGGGUUCUAUAGCUGAAACCGUCAACCACUAAGGAUUCUCAUAUUAUUACGAAACGCCCCUCCCCACCACUGUUUUCAGGUUUCCAAUGGUGGUCUAAUUUGGAUUAGUUCAUGAUUUCAAUGAAUUGCAACAAUCUUCACAACCCUGUAUCUAUAAUCAGUAAUUGUUUAAUAUCAUUUGGCAGCCAAUUAUUUUUUAUCAUUGUGAGACGAAUGAUUACUACAUUUUCGAUUUUAUCCUAAUCAAUCAGUCUCCGAUGACUAGAAAAACUUUUGAAGUUGUCAUGAAAUAAGGUUCUACGAAAAUAAAAUGAAGAAAUUGAACUGAAUGGAACGAAACUUUGCAGACGACGCUGAACAAAGUGACCAUAACAAUUUCCAACCAUUUAUAAUGUUCAUCAUACGGUUGGGAACUGGGGUUAGGAUUUGCAUCACAAACUAAUAUCAACUUUAAUGCAAAAAUGCUUUGUAGCUUUAUGAAUGCAUGAAUUUGGUGUAUAUAUCCAAGGGCAAUUAUCUUGGAUCUGAUUGGUUCAUUUUUAAGUUUUAUUUCCACCCAGUACCGUUUAAACUGACUUUGUUUUAAGACAAAUCUAUGCAACUGUCCGAACAUUUUCACUUAUAAAUGUAUGUGUGUGUUAUUUUAUCUAAAAAAAUAAUUUCAAACAUAUGACAUUAAUUCGAAUGAAUGAGUUCGCAUCAUUUUAUUUUAUUUUUUCAUUCAUUUUUCAUUAUUCCUUUUAAUUUAAGAGUAACGACUCAAAUUAUAGUAAAGUUUAGUCUUUAUUUCCUUUCAUUGAAAGCUUAUUUGAAAAAACGUUACAUAGCUAACUAGGAAAGUUUUUAUUUUCUUUAAAUGUUAACCAGUUAGUAGGUGAGGUAUUUUUAAUAGUAGUGUAAAACAAAACAGAUGAUCAUUUGAAAUGAAAGUCAAAUCUAAACAGCUUUUUAUACUAAGAAUAUCAUCCGAUUGUUUAAUAGUGUAAUUGUUGGGAGACAGUCUAUUAAAUAAGAAGAAAUUAUAAAAAUUGUGUAUUUGAUAACUAUUAGUAUAGGGUUGUGGAAAUUGUUGAGUUUUAAUUGAGAUCAUGAACCGAUCGGAGUUUUAGUGAGAAGCCGUGACCAGUGGAGUUCAACCAUGUUGGGUGUGAGGCAGUUACCCACGGAAAACAAUGGAAGAUGGUUGCGAAAUAUCGUGAAUUGGUUGAAUUUAGACAUGAACGCUGUUGAAUGCCGGUUUAGUGGUUCAGAGAUUAAGCAUCCGAACGUGACCGAAGGUCCUGGACUAGAGUCCCACGUGCGGGACCGUGGAUAUGCACCUCUUAGGAAUCCAAUCCUAAGACAAAACAGCCGUCCAGAGCUCUAGUAUUUGAUAAGUAACUAUUUUUCAUAUUUUUAAGGAAUGUUUAUCAAAUAGUUGUAUCAUGUUAGGUUUAUGUAGUCUUGUGGUUACUUGUAACUUGAAUGAUUACGUGUUUACAUAUAUUAUGCUAUUGCAAGCCGACUCAGUGGUUAAGCAUUCUCUGCGAAACCUGCAAGUCCUGGGUUUGCUGGAUGAUGAGGUCGGGAGUUUGCACUGAUGAGGAGUCCCUACUGGAACGAAACAUCUAUUCAAUGCUCUCUGAUUUUUAACGGUACUUCAAAUGAAAUUAAUCUAUGAAAAACAAAACCUACAAAUUAAAUCAAUCUUCAUGAAAUGUUUUCAAAUAACUAUGUAUGUUUACACAUAUGUUUUGCUAUUGGAAAAUAACGAUGAUCUACGGUAUCAGAAGUUAGGUAGUUAUUCACUAAGAGCACUGAAUAAUUAUCAUCCUAUGCCGUUAAUUUAUUGUAGUUGCAAAUGUGGAUUCCGACUUACAAGCUUGAAUGUAUUAUGUCCACCACGCUACCUAAAUAUAGUUUUAUCUCUGACUGAAUCAUUGAAAGGUAUUGCUUAUGAAUCUUGAAAGUG